CAUUAGGAAACAUUUCGUUUCAAAAUGGCGGAGUUAAAAGAGUUGUCAGCGAACUUAAUGAAUUAUAGAGCCCAACUUCAACAGGUGGAUGCGGCAUUAACAACAGAACCUGACAACGAAGAACUAUUGAAGCUCAAAACUGAUCUUGAGGAGGUUAUUGCUCUGACAUCAGACUUGGUGAAUCUCAACCAGGGAACUGGAAAUAAUCGCAAUGAUGUGAAAAAGGCAAAAGACACAUCUACUGUGUCUCAGGCUAUGUCGUUUAAACAAACUACAUCUGUUUGGAAGGAAGGAGAUGUAUGUCAAGCCAUAUCUAGUGAGGAUGGAUGUUAUUAUGAUGCAACCAUAGACAGGAUUUCAGAAGAUGGAGCAACUUGCACUGUGACUCUUGAGCCAUUUGGAAAUACAGAAAUUAUAAAGGUUUCAUCAUUAAAAAAACCAGGCGAGGCAGGAGUUAAGAUUGCAGCAGCUGUUGAUUAUCAAACAAAAGGGGAAGGAAAACAAAACAAAGAGUUGACAAGGGGAGAACGCGAGAAACUAAGAGAACUCAAAAAGAAAAAGGCACUUAAGAAGAAACAGAAGCGCAAGGAACUUAAUGAAGCCCGUGAAAAAGAGAAAAGCAAAUGGUUGGAUUUUUUCAAUGGACCAAAGUCUGGAGGCAAGAAGAAAGGAAUUACAAAGAAAAGUAUAUUUGCUUCACCUGAAACUGUUGAGGGAAAGGUUGGAAUAGGCACUUGUGGCAUUGGUGGUCAACCUAUGACAAGCUUUACACAACCAGAUAAACUUGUUUACAGAAGGUGAUAUGAAGCCAACCAGCUGCAGGCAGUUUUUAUUGUCUCAAAAUGUAAGUAUUAAAGCAUAAGAUAAUGUAAUUAUAUGACACUGACAGCCAAUUUUACUUUCCAUAAUGAAGAGGUAUACUGUAGAAAGUAAUUUGUCAAUUAAAGUUUUUGCUAUCAAAA